GCCCGUCGUGGCCACGCCGUAACGCAGGUUUCUUCUUCUUCUCCGACGAUCAGCUUCUUUCUUCGGGGCCUAUCCGAUUUGCGAUUCUCCGACGAAAGCUUAAAUCUUUAUAAUCUGGAAUCGUAGGAAACGAUGAAAGGGAUAACGAGGUUUCUGAAUUCUCUUUCGCGACGUAGAGCUCGCGAGAUCUUUUCUUCGCCUUCUCCUCUUCUGGUAUCACGUCGCCCUCUGUUCAUUUCGGCGACAACCCAAUUUUCGACGAGUGAUGGGGGGGUUUAUGCUUCUUGUUACCCUCCGAAAGUUUCUUCCUUUCCCCUCAAAUCGAUUUCACUGGGAGGGGCGGUGCAAAGGAGGAAAAUGUUUAUACAAACACAGUCAACACCAAACCCUUCUUCUCUGAUGUUUAGUCCUGGCAAACCAGUCAUGGAAGUAGGAAGCGCAGACUUCCCUAAUUCUCGUUCAGCUAUGAGUUCACCUUUGGCAAAAGCCAUCUUCUCCAUUGAUGGUGUUGUUAGAGUUUUCUUCGGAUCGGAUUUUGUCACUGUGACUAAGUCAGACGACGUGACAUGGGACUUCCUCAAGCCUGAAGUGUUUGCAGUGGUAAUGGACUUCUACUCCUCUGGGCAGCCUUUGUUUAUGGACUCACAAGUUGCAGCUGCCAAGGACACUGCCAUUAACGAGGAUGACUCUGAAACUGUAGCAAUGAUCAAAGAACUCUUGGAGACUCGCAUCCGACCAUCAGUCCAAGAUGAUGGAGGGGACAUCGAGUAUUGUGGAUUUGAUACGGAAACUGGGAUAGUUAAGCUUCGAAUGCAAGGAGCUUGUAGCGGUUGUCCAAGUUCAUCUGUUACUUUGAAAUCAGGGAUUGAGAAUAUGCUGAUGCAUUAUAUAUCCGAGGUCAAAGGUGUUGAGCAAGAGUUUGAUGGUGAAGAGGAUGGAACUUCGUCUGGGCCGGUGGAGUAGAGUAACAGAAGCACUUCUCAACAUACACAAGAAGAAUAAAACCAGAGGUGCAUUACUUUUGUCCUCGUAUGAAUUUGUCAGCCUUUUUUAAGCUGUUUAUUCUUUAUCAAACCUCAUGAUUUAAUCCCAAUAGUUGAUUUCUUAUUGGAUUAUAAUGUCUCUUAUUGAGAGUGUAAAGAUUUGUAGCCAAAGGUUGAGUAGAUGUAUUUGCUGAUUUAUGUUCUUUCGUAUAAUAUCAGUGGACCAUUCAAGUA